AUGAGUCUACUGCCUCAACUAUCCAAUUAUAUGGGCAUGUUGCUGGUAGGUCUCUUUGUUCCCAUCUUGCUUAAAAGAAAAAAGCAAAUGGCAUUGCAAUACAGACUGAUCCUCUCAGAGGAAGAAGCAGAUGGCCACUUGUUCAAAGACCACAUGAUCACAUCCAAACUACAGACACAAGAUCAAGAGGACGACUUGAAGCUGCCUACACCUGCUUUCAUGAAAGAGGAAGGCCCUAUUCCACACUUUGCAAUCAUCAAAUUAGCAUCGCUGGAUAUCAUUGCUAGCUUUGCUCUGACAAUUGGAUUCUCAAUCAUUGGAAGUGGAAUGUUUCAAGUGAUUUACAGCAGUGUGGUGAUUUGGUGUGCUAUUUUCACUUGGUUUUUUAUGGGCAGAGCGUUAUCUCGAGUGCAAUGGAUGGCCAUCAUUGGCACAAGUCUUGGGCUAGGCAUCAGUUCACUGGAUAGCAUCCGAGGAUCGCCAUUACAGGAAGAUGCGUUUGCAUCAGCACAGAUGGAUCAAGAAGAUACAACAAGAAAUGUGCUGUUCAAUGGAACCUUAAUGACACUCGGUGGCACUCUCAUAUCAGCGUGCAUAUAUGUGUAUGCUGAUAACAUUCUCUCUAAAGCUGAUAGACAGCCCCUGCCCGCAAGAGUGUGCUGUUGGAUGGGCGUCUAUACAUCACUCUUUACUUGGUUAUGGAUCUCUGUAUACACGCUGCCUCAAUUUAAUGAAAUCAUUCAUGUGGAUGCUGAAACGUCGACUUGCACUGUACUCGCUAUGUAUUUUAUAGUGACAAUUGCAAAUGCGUUACACUCUUGGAGCUAUUACGAAUUAAUUGAACGCACGGGUAAUGUAGCCACUGGUAUUUUACAAGGAUUGCGUGCCAUUCUGGUUUAUUCCAUCAGUCAUGCUUGGUACUGUCAAGAAGAUUCAGCACAAUGCUUUACGACAUCCAAAGGAUGUGGCUCGCUCAUAGUCAUCGGCUGUGUCUUGGUUUUCACGCUCGGCAAGAAAUAG